AUGGAAGAGUCCUCCACAGAGAAAAGAUUGUAUAGUGGAGAGGAUUUUGAACAAAUUGACAAUUCAUUCGAUGAUUUGUUUGAGGGAGGUACUGAACGAGGGAGAAAGAGAAAGGCUGAAGCGGAAUCAGAUGAAAAUGUUGAUGAAGAUCAAGAUAAAGAACCUACUAUUGACAUUGUUGAAGCGGAGGAGAAGAAGAAUGAGAAUGAUAUGGAGAAGAAGGAUCUAAUUGAGAACAUUGUUGAAGAAGAGGACAUUGAGAAGGAUCUGAUUGAGAACAUUGUCGAAGAGGAGGACAUUGAGAAGGAUCUGAUUGAGAACAUUGUCGAAGAGGAGGACAUUGAGAAGGAUCCGAUUGAGAACAUUGUUCAAGAGAAGGACAUUGAGAAGGAUCCGAUUGAGAACAUUGUCAAAGAGGAGGACAUUGAGAAGGAUCCGAUUGAGAACAUUGUUCAAGAGGAGGACAUUGAGAAGGAUCUGAUUGAGAACAUUGUUCAAGAGGAGGACAUUGAGAAGGAUCCGAUUGAGAACAUUGUUGAAGAGGAGAAUGUUGAGAAGGUGAAUGAGAAUGAAGAAGUGGAGAACGUUGAGAAUGUGAAUGAGAAUGAAGAAGUGGAAAAGAAAGAAGAAGUGGAGAACGUUGAAAAGGUGAAUGAAAAUGAAGAAGUGGAGAACGUUGAGAAGGAUCCGAUGAAUGAAGAAGUGGAGAAGAAGGAAAAGGAGGAGAAUGUGAAGAAGGUAGUGAAGAAAAAGCCGGUAAAGAAGGCAGUGAAGGCAAUGAAGGAAAAGCCGGUAAAGAAGGGAGUGAAGAAAAUGGAGGAAAAUGAGGACGAUGAUCUGAAACUAUUCAAUACUCCUCCUAAAAUCCUAAAGGCUCGUACAUCUGAGAUAAUGGCUCGUACAGCUGAGAUGAUGUCUCAUGCUGUUGAGAUGAUGGCUCAUGCUGCUGAGAUGAUGUUGCUCCUGCUCUUGUAG